ACAGUGGACGUGGUUUCUUUUUCGGAGCUGAGCUGACGUGGGAAUUGGCAUGUGUGGCUGUUUUGAAGUCAUUCUAUCCGCAAUAUUAUUUCUAAAUUUGUAUUGAUAGUUCGCGAAAAAACUUUCUCCGAGGAAACGAAAAUGUGGAGUCCUUUGAGUUUUCUCGUAGUGCUUAGUGUAGUGUUUAAAUAUGUUUCGGGACUUUACUUCCACAUUGGCGAAACGGAGCGUAAAUGUUUCAUAGAAGAGAUUCCAGAUGAAACGGCUAUUUUAGUCAACUACAAAGUUGAACUUUACGAUCCAAGAAGCCAGGGCUUCAUGCCAAGCAGUCCGGGAAUAGGAAUGCACGUGGAAGUAAGAGAUCCUGAUGACAAAACCAUUCUUUCGAGAGUCUAUAGUUCCGAGGGUCGAAUUUCUUUCACUUCGCACACUCCCGGCGAGCACGUUAUUUGCUUGUACUCAAACAGUACUGCUUGGUUCAGCGGCACCCAAUUGAGAGUACACCUCGACAUUCAAGUUGGAGAACACGCCAUUGAUUAUGCUAACGUAGCCCAAAAGGAAAAACUCUCGGAACUCCAACUCAGAAUUCGUCAACUCAUGGAUCAAGUGGAACAAAUCACGAAGGAACAGAGCUAUCAAAGAUAUCGAGAGGAGAGAUUCCGUCAGACUUCAGAGAGUACCAAUCGACGUGUUCUGUGGUGGUCCCUUUCCCAAACUGCUGUCCUCUUGAUCAUGGGUGCAUGGCAAAUGAAACAUCUCAAGAGUUUCUUCGAGGCUAAAAAACUAGUCUAGAUACUAGAUAAUUUGCAUACCGCGAGGUAACAAAUUAAAUUUCAAAGACGCAAUCGACUGCAACAUUGUACAAACGUUCGUGUUAGAAUUCAAUUCGAGAUUUGUAUCAGUUCACGAAUUCAGCCAUUGAUUCGUGUUAAACCUGUCAUGGUACAGUACGUUAAUAAUAUUAAUAUAAACAUGUGUUAUGUACCGAAGCCGGGAGAAAAUCUCGUCUUCCCUUUCUAUUAAAUGUAUUUCAAUCUAA